GUAAAAGUAAAUGUUCCAUAACAUAUGGAUUUAGAGUAUUUAUCAGUCUACGCAAAAAGUCAUGACGUCAGGACCUCUUUCACAGCGGCCAUCAUAAGGACCUCGUGGGAUUGAAUUUGUCCCGCAUUGUUGAGGAACAUGAAUCCAGAGAAGCUAAAAGCUUUACAGGCUAAGGCCGAUGCUGUUCGAAUUGGGGGGAAGGGAACUGCAAGGAGGAAAAAGAAGGUUAUUCACAGAACAGCAACAACUGAUGACAAAAAGUUACAGAGCUCUUUAAAGAAGCUCUCUGUUAAUGUUAUUCCAGGAAUUGAAGAGGUUAAUAUGAUCAAAGAUGAUGGUAAUGUGAUCCACUUCAACAACCCCAAGGUUCAGGCUUCACUUGCUGCCAACACAUUUGCAAUCACCGGACAUGCAGAAAAUAAACAAAUAGCUGAAAUGCUGCCAGGUAUUCUCAACCAGCUCGGAGCAGAGAGCUUAAGUAGCCUGAAGAAGCUGGCAUCAACUGUAGCAAAUGCUGCUGGAGAGGGAGGGAAGACCUCGACGGGAGAAAUCGACGAUGAUGAUGAUGUCCCAGAUCUUGUUGAAAAUUUUGAUGAACCAUCUAAGGGUGAAGGUGUGUGAGGACUGGCCUGGCUGCCCGUGAACCAACUUUCAUUUUGAGUGCUCCUAAAUCCCAACAGUCGAGGCAUGAGGCCACGUGUACAGUGCAUAUGUAAAUCUAUAAGACCUUCAUCAAUGUUCUGUUUUCUUAUAGUUCUCUUGUCUUACUUGUGAAGCUUAUGCAUCGGGAGCACUUGAAUUAAGUGUGACUGCUGCAUUUUACCAAUUAUUUGUGGUAUAAUCAAUUGCACUUGAUUCAAGAGCUAACAUACAGGAAUAAAAGCCAUAUUCUUAA